AUGCCUACCUUCCUACAUGAGACACCAACACCGACACAAAUUCCGAAUGUUCUCAAAAGAAGAAAGAGAAACACGACAAGGCAUGCAACAACAAACUUCAUUCAUCUGAUUGGCAAAGGUUCCUCAGAUUCCACUACCCAAGUUGGUGACACGAUCAUCUUCAAAUGGCAGAAACGAGAACAUCGGCGAGCUGAAGGUUUCACUCUACUUCCUAACGCCCAGGAUACUUCUUCAAUCAAAAUUUUGAAUUCUGGGGUGUAUUUGGUUUACUCGCAAGUGGCUGUUCAUGGACGGUCAAAUAAUAACGUCCAGUUUUACUGCUCCCACAACAUGCAGUUGAAGAAAGGACAAAACGGACCGACUUCCAACAUCCUUUCCAGUCUUCUAACACAGGAUAACAGGGGACUGGAAUAUCUGAACAUGUCGGUGAAUGGCCUCAAACCUCUAGAUACACAACUACACAUGGGAGUGUUCUUUCUGCUACCCGAGGAUGAGCUCUCGGUUCGAAUCCCACCAUCGUGUGCCAGCACUAACUACUCCACAGUUGCUGAGAAUAGCUACUUUGGAGUGGUGAAGAUUGGCUGA